ACGUGAAAGUAAGAUACCAAAUGUACGAAAUAAUUGUCGUUAUCUUGCUUGACUUUCGGAUGUUAUCAGAAUUCACGUGUUCAAUACUUACAUGAUCAUCGUUAUCAAGAUGCUUAAAUCAUUUUCAAAUGUUCAACUGGAACAUUUAAUUCAUUGUUAGUUUUUUUUAACAGUUUACUUUUUGUCGUCUGUUAAGUUAUGAUGUGAAAGGAUUACGAUGACUUCUGCGACCGCGUGUGUUUGGGUUUCGGAAGGAUCGAAACAUGUAAAAACAAAUGCGCGAAAACGGAAGUGGAUGUUAGUCAUUUUUAAGAUAUUAACAAAUCUGAACAGUUCUUUAUAAAUUCAAUAUACCGUUAGUUGCUACUUUUGGCAAAUCAUAACUGUGUUCAGAAUUGUGUGUUUAUAAUAUGGUAUCCAAUGGGAGACCGCGAAAUCUACAGAAUGUGCUUUCGGUAUAAACGAGCGAAACAGCCCAAUAUUGACAUGGAGGUGAUGGAAAAUGUGGUGGCCAAUGAUCAGACGCUUGGACUGGAGGGUGGCGAGCAUCUCGCGGCGCAAGACAUAGAACACCCACACAGCACUUCAUAUAGACAGCGAGCCCACACUCGUAACGAGCGUGAGCGGGCAAAGUCCCCAAUUCAAAAGCAGCCUCAAAAUUCUAGUUCCUCUAAACCCAAAUUGUCACGAGUGCGAUCGUUUUACACACCAUACAUGGAAGAAAAACUGUUACGCCGCUUAAAGUUCUUUUUUAUGGGUCCACAUGAGAAAGUUACAGCAAGACGAAAGUGUCCUUGGAAACUUAUUGUGCAGAUUUUAAAGAUAGUGUUAGUAACAGUACAGUUGAUUCAAUUCGGAUACAGUCGUUCAAGUUUUGUAGAGUUCACUGAGAAGUCUAAUAUUGCCCUGAGUCACUUCUACUUAAAAGAUUGGGACAGCACUUACGAGACGCUCCCCUACCCACCUGCCAUCGGCCAGUAUGCUGUGUACGAUAUUGACGAUGUCGAGAAACAUGUGAACUUUGCAAUGAAGAAGUAUGACAAGACAGAGAGCAAUGCUAUAGGCACGCUGCGUUUCUACCGGGACAUCAAUGGCACUGUGAUUCCCAUGCAGAUGUGUAUGCACCAGUACACGUCAGGGGUCAUAGAUGAUAUUAACAAGACCUACAGUAUUGACUCCAACAUUGAAAAUGUCUGUAAAAACGUGAGCAGUCUGGCAGAUGGGUCAUACAACGUGUCAGUGUACCUGAACCAGACAUACAACAUGACCAUUGAUUAUGACAGGUUGUUGAUUAUGGAACUCAAGUUCUCGCUGAAACUGUUCCGUUUGGAGAUGAAGCAACGCUCCUUCCCUCCGCAGCUCUUCAAUAUGGAUGUAUCUAUUAAACUGGAUGAUAGCAAUAAAGAUGGCCAGAUGUUGGUGAAGUUGACCACUGACUUCAGUGACAUUCAGGAUUUUAAAGGAAAUUCAAACAAUGAUGAUAUGCAGAGGCAGCAGAAGAUAGGCUAUAUUCUGCUGGACAGUUUUGUGAUCUGUGUCUCAUCGUUAUCCGUCGUGCUGUGCUUCCGUUCAGUCUGGCGAGCUUUGGCCCUCCGCAGGGAGACAAACCAGUUUUUCAUAGCACGUCAUGGUAGAUCUAUGAAGAUGGCCGACCAGUGUGAGUUCCUUAACCUGUGGUACGUGACAAUCAUCAUCAACGAUGCACUGACCCUGGUGGGCUCAGGGUACAAGAUUCAGCUGGAGAGCAGAAAUUUAAAGAGCAGCUCGGCCAACUAUGACUAUUGUGGUCUGAUGCUAGGAACAGGAAGUCUGCUGGCCUGGCUAGGCGUCCUCAGAUACAUCGGCUUCUUCCAACAGUUCAAUAUUCUGAUAGUGACUCUGAAGAAGGCGUUUCCCAACAUGAUGCGGUUCCUAGCCUGCUGUCUCAUGCUGUACAUUGGUUUUGUGAUCUGUGGGUGGGUGGUACUGGGACCCUACCACAUUAAGUUCCGCCAAAUGAGCACAGCGUCUGAGUGUCUAUUUGCUUUGAUCAAUGGAGAUGACAUGUUUACGACCUUCUCAGCGACCAUCACAGACAACGAGCUUGUUUGGUACUACAGUCGUAUCUACCUAUACUUCUUUAUCUCCCUCUUCAUCUACGCAGUCCUCAACCUCUUCAUCGCUGUCAUCAUGGACACAUAUGAAACUAUCAAGGAGUAUUAUGAGUUUGGCUUCCCCAAGAGUGAGCUGUUCAAGUUGAUAGACCAGUGUGAGGAGCCAGCCAAGUCUCCACUGUAUCGCAGGGAGGACGACAGUUGCUCAUGUGGGCUCAUAGCUGCACUGUGCACUUGUUGCUGCAGACCCAACCCUGGAGGGCUAAAUGACUACACACAAAUACAGUAGGUGGAGUGCAGCAACAACUAAGCAGAUAUUAUUACCUGUGUUCAAUGAUAGGCCAUUUUGAUCAACUUCACCUUGCUGUUGUGAAUAUGUAUUUUCAAGAUGUGUGAGAUAUGUUUGUUUGGUGCCAGACUAUUUGCCAUAAAAUUAUCCUGUUCAGAAGUUCAGAGUCGACCAUUUUAGACCAGAUGCUUCUUAUAUUUAUUGAGUGCUAUCGAAGAUUGCGUUGUGAUUGAUUCUGUCUUCGUUUAUGGCUACUGUCAUUUGUGUUCACUGACAUACGUGUGCGUCAGUGUCCACAUCUGUCUCAUUCAGUUUUAUUUGUAUUAAAUGAUAUUUGCAUCGGUGAUAUUUAUAUUUGAAUUGUUAUAUUCCAUGGGUAUUAAUGUUGUAACAAAUUGAAAUUCUGCAAUGCUUUUAAAUAAGUAAUUGAAUUCCAGAAUAAAGUUAACCUUUUCCUGUCUUAAGAGAAAUCCUGAGGUAUUGUCAUAGCCAGCUCGUCGUGUCGUCCGCCGUCUGACGUCCGCGUCGUGCUAAAACCUUAACAUUUUGUUAAGGUUUUGAACAUUGCCUCUAAAAUCAAAUUGCUUCCACCUACAACUUUAAAACUUCAUAUGUAGGUGCACCUUGAUGAGUUCUACAAGCCACACCCAUUUUUGGGUCACUAGGUCAAAGGUCAAGGUCACUGUGACCUUUAAAAAAAAAAUCUGACGAGCUUUCAUUUAUUCAAAACUGCACCCGUAGCCGAGCGUGGCACCUGUUAUGCGGUGCUCUUGUUCUUUGAUGAUGUUUUGUUUUAUAUGAAUUACUUGUAUUUGUUAUUGUUAUGUUUAAUUCAAUAAAGAUGUUUUUAAAAUC